AUGGCUAGUGACGAGAUGCUUCUAGAGUCCACCAGUGGCAGUGUUGCCGAGAUCCCCGUGGACGUGUCUGAUGACGAGAUCCUGGCAACGCCUCGUGAGCUGCGCCAGGCCAAUAAACAGCUUCGGGACCAAAUCCGGACACUCAAUGGGAAAUGUGAGGCAUAUCGGGAUACUAUCAAAGAUCUCCGAGAGGGCCUCACAUCUUCUGCGCUGACACCUGUCCCUCCCGCUUCUGUCCCUCCUACGGACUUUGCAACUCGCGCUCGACUUCUGUUUGAGACCGACAAGACGGGUUUAGACAAGAUGUCAGGGGAUUUGCUCUUCGAGGGUGAUCUCCACCUUGAAGCCGAGGACUACCCCUGCGUCAAGACGUGGUACGAGAAUAACUGGAGCGAGGGCGAUGGCGAUGCCAAGGCUGGCGAGGGAAUGGCUGGCGAUGAGAAUGAACAGGGGCAGAAGAAGGAGAAGGGGAAAAAGGGGACUUACCGGCUGCGUCAGGGCAUUAACGAGACUCACACCUACUUGCAGAAGACGGACGGCCAGUGCGUCGAUGGCCAGGCUGUCAUCGACGUCCUCAACAUGGCUCAAGAUGCCUUCGA